GUGACAAAAGCCUCCAAAAAAAGAGAAUCAGCAGCUGCUGUCUACCCAAGGAACGCUGACAGCGUCUGCCUCUUAAUAUCAUGUAAUCAAGCCCUUGCAGAAGCUGAGCAAUAGAAGAGCUGAGCGGAGAAACCCUGCUGUGCUGGAGAUUUCUGUGGCAGAAGAUAAAGAAGGGACAGCUGUCACAGUCCUUGGCAAAGUAAUGACACAGCAAACCAGAAAUAGAUCAAAUGCAAUGAAUGUUGCAAACUACCAGCCUUGAUAUGUAAAUACAAAAGGCCUCUUCGGAGAAGAUUUCUGUGGAACAAAUCAAAAGGCAUUGCCAUGAGGAAACUUGGUAGCAAUGACUGAUGUGGAAUCUACCUAUGCAGAUUUCAUAGCCUCGGGGAGAACAGGAAGAAGAAAUGCUCUGCAUGAUAUACUUGUCUCCUCUACAAGUGGAAAUACAAGUGAGCUGGCUCUGAAGUUAUCAGAGCUUGAUAUAAGCACAUCAGAAGGCGAUAAAAAUGAACAGGAAAAUCCAAGUCAUAAAACUCCAGAAGAAAAGUGUCAGCCACCAAAGCCAGAAAGCUAACACUUCAAGCUAAUGCACAUUGGGAAUUAUCACGAAAACUAACCAACCACAAAGCAAUAAAAGAUUGAUUAUAUUAAAAUGACGGAUUUCAAGAUGUAUGUGACCAUUUACUGGAGCAUAGCAAAACGAUUACAGUCAAGCAAAGCUAAUCCAGGAAUACGUGCUAAAUUGAUCAUAAACAAUGGCUGACAAAGUUUGGACAUUUUAUAAUGUGAAAGUUAGCUAGGCACCAUUCGAGAGCCAUGGAUAUUCAUAUAGUGAGUGGUUCUGAAACUAUCCAAGGAUUUAAUUCAGUUCUGUUGUAAAGCCUUCCAUGAUCUUUACAGCUUCAGACAGAAGCCCUCAAAAGGAAAAACAAAAAAUCCGUUAACUAAACCAAUGUAUUUGUGUGUUCAAUCGAUCUGUUGUUUACAAAAGUUUUGUAUGGUACAAGCUUAACCUCUUAUGGCGCCCUUGUAUUAAUGUGCACACUUGAAAUACUUGACACAAACUAGAAGGGCUUGGAUUUACUUUUCCCUGACACUCAUUUAUUUGACAAUCUAAUCACAGCUGAAAAAAAAAUGUCAGUUCUGUCAAAGCACUUACUAGAUCACGAUUACCCAAUGUAUUACAUAUAUGAAGUUGAUGAGCUUUUAGCACUUAUCUUGUUAGUGAUUUCACUCAUUGUUCUGUACGUUAUUUAAUUUCAAAAUGUAAAAAAAAGCUACAAAUACUGUGAAGUUGAUUUUUUCACAGACAUCAUACUUCCAUAAUUGGUAAAAUGAAAGAAAUGAAAAAAUGAAAGAGCAAUGCACUACUAAAUUGUUAAUCACUGUUGGAUACCAUGAAUGCACUUAGGAUACGUGUGUAUUUUUUUUCUUAAUCAGAGCACACAUUCCUUCCAAACUUAGUAUCUACUUAUAACACUGUAUUUGUUACAAUUGUAAUAGUGCAUUUUUAAUGUUUGUACAUUUUACUGAUGCAUAGUGUGAUUGCUUCUUAGUUAUGAUAAUCAAUAAACUGAAUAGAUUAAA